GUUGACAAACGUGACCAAUGCAUAUCUCUGUCCCGUUUGCAAUUUCGUCGCCAAGUGGAUUAACAUGUAAUUUGUGUUGACGUUGCGAGGUUUCAGGUCUAAACUGAAACCAUGCUGAAGUGGUUUUCCGGUGAGGAGGGAGAGUCUGGCUCUGUGGGCCCAGGCUCUCCCCAUGGUGCUGCUGCUGCUGGUGGAGAGGUUGCUGUAGAAGAAAUGGCAGAGCGGCUCAUCCAAACAGAGCAGCUGGUCACUCAGCUGAAGGAGAUGAUCCGCGAGAAGGACGCAGCACUUCGCUCCAAAGAUGACCAACUUAAGGUGGAGAAGGAGACGUGUGAGGCCAAGUUGUCAAAGCUGCGUCUCCAGAACAAGGCCAAGGUGACGUCCCUCACCACCCAGCUGGAGGAGCUGAAGAAACAACAGGGAGGUCAGGGCACGCCAACACACAGCAAAAAGGGGUCAUCAGAAGGAGGAGAGCAAGCCAGUCGGGGCAAGAUCGUGUUGCUUAAGAAGAAGGUUGAGGAGCUUGAACAGCAGCUUGCACAAAGAGUGGAGGAACUGGAAAACAAGAGGAGGGAGGUGGAGUCACAGCGGCAGCGAGGUGAGGAAAUGGACGUUAUGCUGACAGAGAGGGACAGGAAGCUGGCAGAAAAAGAGGCCUAUAUUGUCCACCUGCAAACAGCGUUGGCAGGAGAUCAGCCCAUCACACCUGCACCACAACAAAAGGUGACGGAGGACAGCGGAGCGAUGCAGGAGCUGCAGCUGCUGGUGCAGAGUCUGACCAGGAAGGUGGGAGAAUCAGAGGAGCGCUACAGUUUGCUGCAGGAGCAGGCGGACAGCCUCAAAGAGCUGCUGGUCACAGAGAAGGAGCAGUACAGUCAGAAGGAGAGCAUGUACAAACAGAACAUCCAGACAUUCAAAGACAUCAUCAUCCAGAAAGAUAACCAGCUGAUGGAGAUCAACCAGCUGCACGAACAGGAGCUCUUCAAGUUGGCAGCAAAGUCUGAUGCCAGUGCAGACUUAGAGCAGCUGCUGAAGGCUCUGAAACAGAAACUUCACGAGAAGGAGGAGGUGCUGCUUGGUAAAACCCAGGUCAUUGAUGUUCUCCAGGGAGAGGUGGAUGGCAGAGACCAACAGAUAAAGGAGCUCACAGAGCGACUGCGCCGGCUGCAGGUGGAGCGAGAGAGCCUGGAAUCCAAGAUGGAGGCAGAGAAGCACGUGAUGCGAGCACAGCUUCGCGACCUGAUGGAAAAGCAGCGUGCGGAGGUGCAGCGAAUGACUGAGCAGCAUCAGGCGCAGUUAGCCCAGACGCAGCAGGACCUCCUGGGGCAGGUGGAGGAGCUGAGGAGGGCUGCGGUAUCAGCGCCACCUGCCAGUCAGGAGGCCUCAGGAGGUGGAAGCAUGCCUGUGGACUCAGCCUCCAUCCAAAGGAUAGCUGAGCUGGAAGCUCAAGCAAAACAAAAGACGGACGAAGCCGGCAGAUCAGAGGCCAAGUUCCUGAAGAUGAAAGCCUGGUCAAAGACUCGCAUCCGACAGUUGGAGGAGGAGUUGAAAAAGAGUCAGGCUGGAGGUGCCCCCCCAGACCUGACUGCCCUGCGGAGUCAUAUCACAGCGCUGGAGGAGGAGAGAGAGGAAAACCUGUGGAAAGUGGAGCAAUAUGAGGAGCUCAAAGCAAAGAGCGAAAUGCUGGAGGCUAAGCUGGUGGUAUAUGAGGAGCAACAGAGGACACUUCAAGCAGACCUGGAGCAGUUCACCAAGAGGGCUGCCUCUCAGGCCAGCGAGUCGGGCAGUGCUGACGACACUCAGAGCCAGGUGCUGGAGUGGCAGGAGAUGGUAGCUGAGGCGGUCAGUGCCAGGGACCGGGCCAAGGAGGAGAAGACCGCCAUGGCCCUCCGCAUCAGCCACAUGGAGGAGGAAAGAGAGGCACUGGCCACUCGGCAGCAGGAGUUGGAGGAGGAGCUGGCUCAAGCUCGGGGGCUCGGCCAACACAGGGUCAAGAAGCUGGCGGCUCCGGCCCAGCGAAGCCUGCAGGAGGACUUUGAAUUUGAUGGGCAGGACCCGCGGAGCACCUCUGAGAGCACGACCCCGAUGGAGGGAGAGAACAUGGGAGACGGUUUGCGGUCUGUUGUGGAGGAGUUGGAGCUGGAAAGAAACCAACUGCAGGAGCAGAUACUGAGCCUGGAGGAGCGCUGUCAAGACCUGGAGGAUCGACUGCAGCUGCAGGCUCGCAUCGAGGCAUUACAGAACGAGUCAGAGAAACUACAGAGCCAACUGUCCAGCGUCCGCAGUCAGCAGAGCAGAGAUGCAGAGAAGCAUCAGCUGCUGGUCAGCAGUCUCAACGAACAGCUCAAAGGGCUGAGUAGCACACAGGAGUGCCUGGAGAGCUCACUCAUCGAGAAGGAGAAUACGUUGGCCAAGACGUCUGAGAAACUUGAGCUCAUCAACGGCCUCCGAGAAUCUUUGAGUGAAAGAGAAGCUCAGUACAAAGAGGUGUCCGACAAGCUCCUUCAGGCCGAGCACACCCUUGAGAGUGUUUCCAGUAAAUGCAUCAGCUCAGAGAAACAGUGCUCUGAGCUGAAAACAGAAGUUGUCGACCUCACGCAGAAGCUGAACGUGCUGAAGGACAAGACACAAAAACAGGAAGCCACCAUAGAAGCUUUACAAACUGACCUCGAUCAGACAAACGAAGAGCUGGACAAGCUGAAUACCGCCUACCUGGAAGAACGAGCCCAACUCAUUCAUGACCUUCAAAGCUGCGAGCGGGAAAUCGACAGCCUUAAAGACUCGCUGUUGGAAAAGGAGAAGGAGAUAUCAACCCUCUCUGGUAACAUGGCGGAAUUUGCAGAACAGGUCACGGUGCUGAAGCAGGAGCUCAAGCUCAAAGAGGAGAACCUGGUUCAGGUAGAAAAUGCACUGAGAAAGGCAGAGAGGGAGACUAUGAUCAUCAGAGAGUCGCAGAAUUCAGACCAGCAUGCACUGGAUAGCAAGAUGACGGAGCUGGUCGGGAACCUCAAGGAUACGGAGAUGGAGUUGAUCAAAGCCAAAGAGGAGAGAGAGUCAAAGGUGGCUGAAGUUGAACUUUUGAUAAAGCAAGCUGAAGAGGACAAGAAAACUAUUCAGGAGCUUCGAGGGGAGAUCCAGAAACAGGUUGUAAGCCAUCGUAAUCACCUUUCUGAAUGUGAAUCACAUGUCACAUCACUAAAGGAACAGCUGACUUUAUCCACCCAGAAGCUGCAGGAGUCUGACGGACUUGUGUUGCAGCUCAAGGACAGAAACACCUGCAAUGAGCAACUACAGCAGCAGCUUCAUGAUAAAGAACAGGUGUAUCAGAAAGAGCUCAAAUCCUACAAGGAGGAGCAGAACAAACUUCUAGCACAGGUGGAACAAUACAAUGAUGAAAUGCAAACAUUGUCCAAACAACUAAACGAGCAAGUACAGAGUGAAGAGCGCAUCAAAAAGGAGAUGCGAGAGAAACUGGAAACCGUAGCAUCACAGGCCGAGGACGAGAGGCAGAAAUUCAACACCGAACUGAGAGUCCGGGAUUCGGAAAACGAGAAAUUGAGCAGUGAGCUUCAGAGCAAAUCUGAAAAUGUGUCUAAACUGAAAAACCUAUUAAAAGGCCUGAAGACUGAGAAAAAGCAGCUGCAAGAAAAGCUCGAAGGGCUGAGUGAAGAGCUCGAGCUGCAGAAGCAGAGUGUAAAUCAGCUCACUGAAACGGGUACGUCUGCUCUUGAACUUAACCGCACUCUUGAGAAUCAAGUACAUCACCUUACAAAAGAAAAAGAGAGACUCGAAGUGGAAUUAAGUGAAAGUGUAAAGACUGUUUCAGAAGUUACAGUUGAAAAGGAAUCGCUGCAAGUCAAAAUAUCCGUGUUGGAAACGCAGUUUUCACAAAGCAAAACAAUAAUCGAAGGGCUACAAAAAGAUAAAGAGGAACUGACUGUUCGAACGAAUGAGUUAAAUAGAGUUCUUGAGCAGAGCACACACUCAAACUCAGAAAUUCUGCUGGAAAAAACACAUGAAUGUAAUAAUCUCAACCAGCUACUCAGGGAGAGGGAGGAGAAGGUAGAGCAACUGCAGAAGCGAGUGCAAAGCUUGACCUCUAAGACAGACCAGCUUCAGCAUGACGCGGCAGAAAAAGAACAGACUGUCAGCGAUCUGCGAGCACAAGCAGAGGCCCAGCGAAACCAGCAAAGCCAACUCCAGGAAACACUGUCCCUGCUCCGAGAACAGGACCGCAGUCUGAAGUCUGCCAUCAUGGAGAAGGAUGCAGAGAACCAGCGUUUGCAGAAUGAAGUCACACAGCAGAAAAACACUGCGUCCAAGCUUCAAGCAGAAGCUGAAUCACUUAACGAGGAACGCUCACGACUUCGCCAGCAAAUAGAAGACAGAGAAGAGAUGUUGAAAAAUGUCAAACAACAAUGUGAAAAACACAAAGAAGAACUGAAUGGUACAAACGAGACUGUUAAGUCUCUGAGUGAGCAGAUCAGUGUCAUGGAAGGAAAUGCCAGAAAGCUUGAGACUGAAUUAGAGGUGAGGCAAACAGAGCUGGCUAAUUUAAACAGUUACAUCCAGGCAGCGACGGAGCAAAACCACCAACUCCGUGCUGCAUGUGAGUCCAGAGAAAAGGAGCUCGCUCAGCAAACGCAGGUUCUGUCGGACCUCGAUGGACAACUCAAAGCAGCUCUGGAACAGAACUCCAGUUUCAGCAUGAAAAUCAGCAGCCUGACAGAGAGCAACCAGAGACUACAGGACGAGCUGGCACAGAACAUCAAGUCAGUUUCAGAACUAACCGCUGAGAGGAGUUCACUCCAAGAACAAAAGUCUGAGCUGGAAAAUCAAAUCUCAGAAAAUCAGAAAAUAAUUGAGGGUCUGUUGAAGGAAAAGGAGACACUCACUUCUGCAGCAGAUGAAUUAAAGGAAAGCGAACUUUCAACAUCUGCAGGGUUGCACGAGAAAACAACUGAAUGUGCUGAUCUGUCGAAAAGGUUAACAGAGAGAGACGAACAGCUUCAAAGUCUACGAGAGCAAGUGGAUGCCUUUAAAAAGGAAGUGAGUCAACUCAACGCGUCCUUGAAUGAGAAAGAACAAAGCGUGUCGGAGCAGAGUUCACAGCUGGAAGCUCAGCAGAACCAGCUGCUGCAGCUUCAGGAAACUCUGUCCAUGUUCCAGGAGCAAGGAUCUGUCCUCAAGUCAGGCCUGGUGGAGAAAGACACGUUGCUUCAGCAGAAAGCAGAAGAAUGUGAUGUUUAUCAGAAUGAAGUCACGCUGCAGAAAACCCUCAUCUCACAGAUGCAGGCUGACGUAGAGUCACUCAGGCGAGAGUGCUCGGAGGCCAAAGAGCAGAUAGAGCAAAAAGAGCGAGCUCUAAAAGAAGCAACAAACGAGUUUCAGCUCCACAAAGAUGAGCUGAAUAAACGCAGCGAAUCAGUGAUUUCCCUCAGCAGUCAGCUCGGUGCCAUGAAUGAGAGUGCUGCAGAGAUGGAGGUUGAGAUUACCAACCUGAAGGCCGCUGUGCAGACACUCACAGCGGAAAACUGUCAGUUAACACAGGAGGAGGACCAGAGGAAGGCAGAGAUGAUUGAUUUAAAGGAUAGCGUUCAAGCACUGAACGAGCAGAACGCUAAAUUAAAAUCUGAAUUUCAGAAAACGGUGACGGAGCUGUCCAAAGCGCACGAAGAAGUCGCACAUCUCAGUGCUGCCUGCUCAGAGAGGGAGACGCUGCACUUGACCAUGCAAGGAAAAGAUGAGUCCCUGAAACAGCAGGAGGCUUUGAUCCAGCAGCUCGGCAGUAGGAUAGCCGAGCAGGAGGCGCAGCUGAAACAGAAAGCAGAUGACAACAUCAGUUUAAGUGCAAAACUCUCAGAGCUGGAAGAUUCUGCCUGUAAACUCAGAGGUCAAGUUGACAGUCUCACUUCCGAGUCAACCAUCCUGAAAACUACUCUGAAGGAAAAAGAACAGUCAAGUCUUGAAUAUCAAAGUCACUCUUCAGCCUCUGUUGAAAAUCUCAAUUCACAUCUACAAGCUAAAGAGGCCGAGUGUGAGAGCUUAAAAGAGCAGGUUUCACACCUGGAAGAAUCUGUCACAAAGCUCAGUAACACCCUCCAAUUACAGAUAUCUGAAGUGGAAAACCUAAGAAAGGCUUUGGAGGGAAAAGAUGCCGCUCUUUUGGAUCAAUCAAAGUGUCUUCAGGAUAUUCAAAGAAGAGCAGAUGAAGCUUUGCUCUUCAAAACUCAGUUCAUGGAAAGCACAGAGCUGGUGUCACAGCUACAAACUCAGAUGCAGUUACUGUCCACUGAGUGUGAAAGCCUCAAAAAGUCAGCAGAAGAAACACAAAGUGCCUUUAACAACCUGCAAGAGAAAUAUGCAGCUAACUUAGAGGAGCUGCAGGAUGUGAGGAAGCAGCUGUCCCAAAGGACUGAUGAGGUGUCCAACCUUCACAAGUUAUUGGACGAUAGCGGUAACGAACAGCAGACAUCAGAGACCACCAUAGUAACUCUGAGAAAUGAGAUCGCUGCGAUGCGUCACCAACUUGAGAAAAUGAAAGACUUGAACUCAGAUCUUUCAAAGGAAAAGGAUGAAGCUUUUGCUUCCCAUCAAGCAAGCGUGUCGCUGCUGACUGUUGAAAUAGAAAGACUCAAAUCUCAACAUCUUCAAGUCGUGGCGCAAAUGAACGCGCUGACGGAAAACCUCGAGCAGAGAGAAAUGGCUCUUCAUGCAAUUAACAGUCAGUACGCAUCCCAGGCCAAACACACGUCUCAGCUGGUCUCAGAAAUGCAGAAGCUAGAAGAGCAAAAUAAGAGACUGAAUGAGGAGAUUAGCUUGUCGAAGGAAGAGCACCAGAAGCUUCUCACUGCCGUCAGUAAUGAAAACACACAUUUGCAACAGGAAGUCAGAAAAGUUCUUGCAGAGAAGGAAGAGCAGGAAAAGAAACAUCAGCAAAUGUGGGCGUCGCAGGGGGAGCUGCAGGUUCGACUGGAGCAGCAGUCCAGCAGCACCAAUGAAAUAAUGAAGAAAAUGAUGUCCGAGAAGGAGAGCCUUCAAGCUAAGGAGACGAGACAGAAGAUGGAAGAAGUACAGCAAACUUACGGAGCGCCGCCUGAAAAAGAAAUCAGCAGUUACCAGGAAGAAACUGCUGAUCUAAGGUCUGAAACCGAGAGGAAGGACACGCUGCCAGGAAAGGAAGCGGCCGUCUCGGCAGGUCACAGAGGAACGGACGAGGUGGUGAGGCGGAUGGAGGCGGAGAGGAUCCAGCUCCACAGAGACCUGCAGCGCUGCAUGUAUGAGAUCCAACAGCGAGACCAGUACUUCCAGCAGCUCAGCGCGAAGAUGCAGCAGGUGGUGGAGGAGAAAGGCGCUGUUGCAGCUCAGCUGAGGGCCGUUUCCCAAACCCUGAGGGACACCCAGAACCGCUGCCAUUGGCUGGAAGGCCAAGUCCAAGGCCAGGCUCAGGGGUCAGUAUAUGCCGAGGUUGCACCUGGAGCCCCCCAGGAGAGGAGCAACGACUCCAUGAGAGCUGAAGCUGCUGAAGCUGUUCAGCUCCGAGAGAGGCUGCUGGAGGUGGAGCAGAGUCUGGCGGAUGAGAGGGCCAGGAGAGAGACAGCUGAGGAGGCUCUGCGUCUUUCUGAGGACAGAGCGAAGAGCGCUGCUUCCAGCCUGUCCAGAGACCCUCAGAGAGACUUCAGUAUCGACAUGGAAACAGAGGAGGAGUGGGAAGCUCUCAGUCUCAACCCAAACCAGCCUCUGAUAGCUCGAAAGGUGACAGGUGGCGUGGUGGCGUGCCGACGCUGGCUCAGGGGGCGGAGCCUCUACUUCUCCAGGCUGCUGACGAGCCGCGCCCGCUCUCGAUAUUUCUUUCUGGCCUACCUGCUCGCGAUACACCUGCUCGUCUUCAUGUGCCUCACCGGUGCCCUGUAGGGAAGGAAGGUCACUCACACCUGUUCCACGUUAGAGUUACCUGCUCUGUCGAUGACAUCACGUCCGGCUGAAUACGUGAUGACAACAGUAAUGUCAUUUUUUUUUAUAUGUUGUUUUCUCUUUGAACUGAACACGGUUUCACUUAAAUUCCACCUGAUUUUUUCUUUAAAUAUUUCAAUGUAAAUGGAGCCUUAAAGCACGAAUCCUCCUUCUCUCCUCGCUGCUGUUCCUGAACAGGAGCAGGUGGCUUCUUUAUUUAUUUAGGCACGUUGCCGAGUUUGUUGUUUUCAGAUCCAAAAUAGAAAAGAGUCGAGGAAAGCAACUCGGUUUCUGACACAAACCCUCCAGCUGACGGAGUUUCAGCAGGAAGGACGUGAACUUGGAUGUUGGUCUUGUGUGGAAGCCUGAGAAGGUGCAGAAAGCCAUAUCCCCUCUGAGUGAACACUACUGUACAGAUCCCGUGUCCUCUCCGCCUUGUUCCCGCUCCCCGAGCCGGGAACAAACAUGCAAACUCCCGUCUGUCAGUAACUGUUUGCUUUACAUCCAAAUCACAGAUAUGAGCACCAGCUGCCGCUUUGUCGCCCGCCUGGUUUCAUACUUUGCACAUAAUCGUGAUGCUGAGUUAAAACUAUGCACUGAAACUCCAAAUGUGUAUAUAAUCAUCUCACAUGAGCGCAGAAGCACUACACCUCCCCCACUCCCUCCUGUUCCCUUUAACUGCAAAGCCAAAGGUGUCUGUAUUCUCACCUUGGCACUUUGAAUAAGUGCUCUCAUGCCGACGGUUUCAAAAUCUGCGCUCUGGUUUCUGCCAUUGAAAAUGGACUGCAAAUGAAGCCGGGGGUAUGGAAGGCCACGCUGUACGUAUUGAAGGUUUCUCUGUAUUUAUGUGUGCAUCCUCAGAAAGCGUACAGCGUGUGUUCUGGACUGUAUGUAUGUAUAUAUUCAUUUCUAUCCUCUCUGCCUGAUGUCUGAUCACUGUACAUUUCUGCUUGCUUGUUCAGAGUUUGAAAAUGUGACUGAUGGGCGCCGUUUUCUCAGAACGUCAGUUAACAAGCCAAAAAAUGCUCAAACUAACAUCACUGAUCCUUUAAAAGACAAAAUGAGGAGUCAAAGAAGCUUUCUGGCUCGUUAAUUGAUGUUUUGUGGAAACUCGGCUGCUGAUGAGUUUGUGGUACACUGUCCUAAUGAUCUGUACAUAAAGGUGUGAUUGAUGGACGAAACAUGAACUGAAUCUAUUUAUGAAAAAGGUAAACUACUGAAAAAUGAUCAGAUGGCAUAUUUUUUCUCUACUGCCUCUAUUUUUAAGAGAUAGUGAAGCUGUCGGCCUUUUGAUGACGUUAGGCUGAACUUGGUGCAAUACUGUGUCGAGGUGGACUUUUUCAGAUCACCCUUUACCAUCAAAGACAUUUUAAUAAAGCUUAUUGAACCUUCUUCAUUCGCUCAUAUGAUGUGUGUCUCACCGGCAGUCUGUGGGACCGUCUGUCCAUCCCAGCUGUCAGACUGCUGCUUUGAAUCAGCUGAAAAACUGA